ACAUUUUUCCCCCCAAAAAAGGGGGGAAAAUGUCAGUGCUUCUUAUGGAACGAAUAUGGAGCGGCCGAUCCGGUAUUUCCUCCGCCGCCGUGUCAGAAUACCGGGCCAUCCUCUCAGCUCUGCAGCGGGACCUUACCUGUUCCUAUCCAAGCGGCACGCUCUCUUCCCGGCUUCUGUAGUGUGGGCGCUCGGCUUGACAGCCGGUCAGCAGUCAUCUCCUGUACUGUCCACAGUCUCUGGUCAUCCCUGUACUGUCUGCAGUCUCUGGUCAUCUCCUGUACUAUGUCUGCAGUCUCUGGUCAUCUCCUGUACUAUGUCUGCAGUCUCUGGUCAUCUCCUGUAGUAUGUCUGCAGUCUCUGGUCAUCUCCUGUAGUAUGUCUGCAGUCUCUGGUCAUCUCCUGUACUAUGUCCGCAGUCUCUGGUCAUCUCCUGUACUGUGUCCGCAGUCUCUGGUCAUCUCCUGUAGUAUGUCUGCAGUCUCUGGUCAUCUCUGUACUAUGUCUGCAGUCUCUGGUCAUCUCCUGUACUAUGUCCGCAGUCUCUGGUCAUCUCCUGUACUAUGUUCGCAGUCUCUGGUCAUCUCCUGUACUAUGUCCGCAGUCUCUGGUCAUCUCCUGUACUAUGUCCGCAGUCUCUGGUCAUCUCCUGUACUAUGUCCGCAGUCUCUGGUCAUCUCCUGUACUAUGUCCGCAGUCUCUGGUCAUCUCCUGUACUAUGUCUGCAGUCUCUGGUCAUCUCCUGUACUAUGUCCGCAGUCUCUGGUC